AUGUUUGUCUCCUCGCGAUUCGAUCCUUGGCUGCGCAUCGCCAACAUCUCGCUCGAACAAAAAUCCAUCUCUAGAUUUGACAGCUGCACCGAAAUCGAAGAGCGCGGCUAUGCUGAACUGACCGACACAAACGACGACAAGAGAUCCGUAUCGAGUGUACUCGAAGAACCUCCUCCCGAACGGGAAAGCAAAAACAAAAACACAGACACAAUCAUGGCGAGUCGACGUGAUUUCCUCAACCAACCGGCGCCAGAAAACUAUGUCGCCGGUCUCGGUCGCGGUGCCACCGGCUUCACGACUCGAUCCGAUCUUGGUCCAGCGCGCGAUGGGCCAAGCGAUGACCAGAUCAAGGAGAUUGUAGCAAAGCGUGCCGCCGCCCUCGGAAUUGGCCCGGAUGGCAAGAAGAGGGGCGACGACGAAGGCGGAAACGACAGCGAACGGUACCAAGAUCCUGAUAACGAGGUGGGCCUGUUUGCAGGCGGAAUAUACGACAAGGACGACGAAGAGGCGGAUCAGAUCUGGCAGUGGGUCGACGAGAAGAUGGCCAAGAGGCGCAAGGCGCAGCGUGAGGCCCGGGAGGCCGCCGAGACGGCCGAGUACGAGAGGCAGAACCCCAAGAUCCAGGCGCAGUUCGCCGACCUCAAGCGCGCGCUGGGCACCGUCUCGGACGAAGAGUGGGCGAGUCUGCCCGAGGUGGGCGACCUGACGGGGAAGAACCGGCGGGCGAAGCAGGCGCUGCGGCAGAAAUUCUACGCCGUCCCCGACAGCGUGUUGGCGGCGGCCAACGACUCGUCGCAGAUGACGACGACGGUGGCGGAUGACGGGACGGCCUCGGGCGCGGACGCGGCGGACGGGACGAUGACCAAUUUUGCCAAGAUUGGCGCGGCGAGGGACAAGGUGCUCAAGGUUCGGCUGGACCAGGCGUCGCAGGGAGGCGGCGGCGGCGGUGGCGGCGGUGGUAGCGGCACAGAGUCGACGGUGGGGACGGCGACGAGCAUCGACCCGCAGGGUUACAUCACGAGCUUGAACAGGCGGUCCCUCACGGAGGCGCAGGCGCAGGUGGGCGACAUCAACAGAGUCCGCGAGCUCCUGCAGUCCGUCAUCAAGACGAAUCCCGGAAACCCGCUGGGGUGGAUCGCGGCCGCCCGCUUGGAAGAGCUGGCGGGCAAGAUUGUGACGGCGCGCAAGGUGAUUGCCGAGGGCUGCAAGAACAGGCCGAAGAGCGAGGACGUGUGGCUGGAGAACAUUCGGCUGAACGAAGGGCAGAAUGCCAAGGUGAUUGCGGCCGAGGCCAUCCGGCACAACAGCCGGUCGGUGCGCCUCUGGGUGGAGGCGAUGAAGCUGGAAAACAUACCCAGCGCCAAGAAGAGGGUGAUUCGCCAGGCGUUGGAUCACCUGCCGGACUCCGAGAUCCUAUGGAAGGAAGCCGUCAACCUGGAAGAGGACGUCGACAAUGCCAAGAUUCUGCUAGCCAAGGCGACUGAGCUCAUUCCGCUCUCGGUGCUCAACAGGGCCCGCAAAGCGGUUCCCACCUCGUACGAGAUUUGGAUUGCUGCGGCGCGCCUUCAGGAGCAACUGGGCGAGGGGACCAAGGUCAACGUCAUGAAGCGCGCCGUGCAGGUCCUGGCAAAGGAGUCGGCGAUGCCCAAGCGGGAGGAGUGGAUCGCGGAGGCGGAGAAGUGCGAGCAGGAAGGGGCCAUCAUCACAUGCGGCAACAUUAUACGGGAGACGUUGGGCUGGAGUCUCGACGAGGACGACGACCGAAAGGACACGUGGAUGAAGGACGCCAAGUCUAGCAUCGCCCGUGGCAUGUACGAGACGGCGCGGGCCAUCUACUCGUACGCGUUGCGGGUGUUUGUCAACAGCCGGACGCUGUGGAUGGAGGCGGCGGAUCUGGAGAGGCACCACGGUUCAAAGCAGUCGCUGUGGGACGUGCUGGAGAAGGCGGUGGAGGCAUGCCCCAAGAGCGAAGUCCUCUGGAUGAUGCUGGCCAAGGAGAAGUGGCAGGCUGGCGAGAUCAACAGCGCCAGGCACGUGCUGGCCCGCGCGUUCAAGCAGAACCCCAACAACGAGGACAUUUGGCUCGCGGCCGUCAAGCUGGAGGCGGAGAACGAGCAGGUGGACGAGGCGCGGAAGCUGCUGGAGCUGGCGAGGGAGCAGGCGCCGACGGACCGGGUGUGGAUGAAGAGCGUAGUGUUUGAGCGGGUGCUAGGGAACCAGGAAGCGGCGCUGGCCCUCGUCCUCAAGGCGCUGCAGUACUUUCCCGGCGCGGCGAAGCUCUGGAUGCUCAAGGGCCAAAUCUACGAGGACAUGGGCAUGAUACCACAGGCGAGGAGGCGUACGCCACGGGCCGUGCUCGACCGGGCGCGCCUCGCGGUGCCCAAGUCGGCGGAGCUAUGGCUCGAAUCGGUGCGGGUGGAGCGGCGCUCGGGCAACGGCAACCAGGCGCGCAGCGUCAUGGCCAAGGCGCUGCAGGAGGUGCCGCGCAGCGGGAUCCUCUGGAGCGAGCAGAUUUGGUUCCUGGAGCCGCGCACGCAGAGGCGGCCGCGCAGCCUCGAGGCCAUCAAGAAGGUGGACUCGGACCCCAUCCUCUUCGUGGCGAGCUGGUUCGAGAAGGCGCUGGUGCUGGAUAGCGACAAUGGGGACACGUGGGCGUGGUACUACAAGUUCUUGCUGCAGCAUGGUACUGAGGCAAAACGAGGCGAAGUCAUCUCCAAGUGCAUAUUAAACGAGCCACGGCACGGCGAAUACUGGCAGAGAAUUGCAAAGGAUCCUACGAAUGCUAGGAAGGGCAUCGAAGAUAUUCUGAAGCUCACGGCAGCCGCCCUCGAGGGAUAA